GUCAAGAAGAUGCCUGAGGAUUAUCGUCACGGAGGCCCCACGGAGCCGCUCUACCACCAGCCGCCCACAGCGCUCGAGCCCCAGGACAGAUAUCUUUCGAAACGCUUGCACUGUGAAGCAGACACCACCACCAAACUUUUAUUUCCGACCAUGUACCAUGGCGGAUGCGUAGCCGGAGAAGUCCCAGGACUCGUGGCCGCCGGUGGGAACUCACUCACGUCACCUUAUUUUGCUCAGAACCAGCUCCGGAUGGCUCAGGCCGGUGGACGGAGGUUCUCCCCCCUGAGGCUUCCCCUGGGGGCUUCCGGAUCGUCCUGGAGGAGGUGCUCUUGGAGGUGCACCACAGUCGUCUUCGUUUGCGUCACUGUCUGCCUCGCUGCCGUCACCACCUUCCUUGCCACCUCCCACGUAGGACGGUGGCACACUUCGGAAGGAUGCUUAGGAAUGGGUGGCACCGACGACAGCGCCAACUCCUCCCCCGAUUUCAAUCUUCCGCCCCCACUGCAGCCUUCCUCUCCAGGUAACCACGCCCGCGGACACGCCUACGUGGCCGCCCGGGCUCCCCCUCCCUUCGUCAAUUCUUUGUCGAGCAUGAGUGUGGGUGUAGUGUCUGGCAGGGUGGUGGACGCCGCCCGUGCCAGGGGCUACACCCGUGCACGCCUCCCUGGCAUGGAUGUUCCUCACCUUCCCCUUCCCAGAGCACAUCCUGCACUUGUGGGUCUCUCUCGUGGGCGGGACGGAUGGGCGUACCCGUCGAGGCCGCCCCGCGCCACGCGCUGGAACCGUCGCUCGGCACGCUCCCCGCGCUCAGCCCAGCACGAGGGCGCGGCGACCCCUGGAGAUGCUAUUCCACUUUUAACCUCGCAGGAAGUUGUAGAUGAUAUGCAUGCUCAUUCUGCUUUAUCCUCUCUAGCAGAUAUUCCACAGGAAUUCACAGGCGUCGGCCAGACGGCUCCCCGGAAUGAGUUCGGCUCACCCUCGCUCGCCGACCCCUCCGGCGCAGUGCCUGCGCCCGCCGCUGAUAAAUUAAACGCAUUAGAUACCAGAAGUUCCGGUAUUGAUCUAGGGUCGGCCAAGGGCGAGGCCUCCGAGCAGCCCGAGGCCCUCGCUCAGACUCAGGAAAAACUCAUAUCAGUAAAUCAUGGAAACGGCGCGGCAGAUAACACUCCGGAAGUGCGGCAGGAAACAUUUGCGGCAGCUCACAACCCGCGGGAUUCGGGGGACCUCGGGGGCGCCCCCUCCCUCAGCCCGUUCCCUUCGAACCCUCCUUCUCCUGUCCCCUCACCCUCAGGGCUCCCCACACCCCCCCUCCAUUCCGUGACCCCCCUCCCGGGGUCUCCACCGACGCAUUCUCAGCUUCGUUCCUCAUUAUCUGUGAGUGACCCCGGCCUCCCCUCCUCGCUUCACCUCACGACGCCUGGGGUCGCGUCGACCGUGACGUCACCAGCAGCCACGCGGGGCCACACGAAUGCAGGCCUUGAUGUCCCUCUCAAAGGCUGGUCCGCGCCCGAGCAGUUAGCGCGGCGAGACGAGGCGGGCGUGCAUGGCAGGGAAGAAGCGGCCUUGCACGACCGGUGGCGAAGCAUCAUGGCAGACGGGGGAAGUGGGCUCGCUUCCUCCGGCCACGCCACCGCGCCGAGGCCGAAGAGAGAGGAGGAGAACCCAUCUCCAGAGAACACCCCCUCCGACCAUCAUGAAUACCAAGUGACUCCAGAGACACCGCCCACGACGCCCCUCGUUCUGCCUUCAUUCCAGAGGCCGACGGCUGAGGAGGGAGAGGCUGCAGCACAUCGAAGACACACUGACGCACUCGAGGAAAGAAAAGAUCCAGACACUCAAGUUAUUCCCGAUCCUGCAGAUUCGCCGCAUGCCUCCACUCCCCCCUCCUCCUCCUCCACCUCCGCACUUUCUGCCGACUUCGAUGUUAACAGCGGCUCGUCACGCAACUUUCAAGGCGACCCCGCCACGCACUACUGGCCUCGACCCGCUGACUCUCCAUCCGGGAGUGGAACAUACGCAGCGCCUGCCGGGACAUCUGACUCGCCAAUAAAAGACGCGAAUUCGUUGUCGCAAUAUGUCAUUCCGCGUAGUUCUACCUCUGCAGGGUCGCCUCGCGCUGCACCACUGCAGAGCGUUCUGCCGCACCUCGACGACGUGGAGGAAUACACGUACAUUAGUGAUGAUCCUGGCGCCUUUGAUGGCACGUUCGAUACACCUGUUGAUUCGAGUGUCAAGUCGCCUCAUCCUCAUUUUGCACCUGUUGACGUCGUCACAAACACAGGAACACUAACAACAGUCGCCACGACGGUUACUCCCGGGCCGCCUUUUGUCUCUUCAGCCGGACCGACCCUGAGUACUGCCCCCAUACCCUACUCAGCCACCGCCCUCCCCAUGACUACAGGUCACAGUAGCACCGAAGCCCCUACGCUCAUAAACCUUCGUGCAGAGGAAACACCCGGAGCGGCGCCCCGGCCCGCAGCAGCCGCCCACGACCGGGCUCCGCCAGCAGGCGUAACCUCCUCCCCUGAAACGCCCCUCGCUGAUGGGGCCAUAAACCGGAGCCAUCCGGACGUUAAUAACACAAACGUGGCUGCCUCUUAUGGGGAUUCUCUCGCUAAUCAAACUGAAUAUGGCAUAAUGCGGCAACCACAAGUAACGCCCGCUAAUAACGAUAAACUAAGAGAGGGCGGUGGAGGGGAAACAGGAGGAGGAGGAGGGGAAUCUGAGUCUCACGAACAAGUGGGGAAUUAUGAGGCCUUGGAUUCUUUUUUCGACGACAGAGAUCUUGAUUUCUUAAUCAGUGAUGAACCGCAGUCGCACGACGCAGCCCAGUCAGAGCAGGAGAAAGAAGAUAUAAAAGAGGACUUGACUGUUUCCGCUGUAGACACGGUGGACGGUUCGCCAAGGGACUUUCACGCCUCGAAUGGGGAAGGCCAGUAUCAGGCUGAUCAGAGCCGCCCUUCCGACUAUCACAAUGCAGGAGAAGAUACUCAGACACAUUCCCAGGAUGGUGUGUCCCCUCUUUUGGAUAAUGACCGUCUACUUCAAAACGAAUCUUACCAUGAUCACCCCCCUCCUUCCCAAAUGUCCAGCCUCACCCAGCCCACCUACGCCCACGAUGGUCUACCUCACGCCCCCGCCCCCACACAAGAUUCUCAGCCCCGAUAUGACAACAGAGGUGAAAACACGCAGGGAAUAGUGGGAGGAUUUUCACGGGAGGAGGACCAAAUCCCCGCGAUCUCCCAGAGAGGGGACGAUAAGCAGGACGCAGGUUAUGAGGGGCGAGAAGAAGGGGAAGAAGAGGAAGCGCCACAGCCGCACCACAGCACCGAGAACCACAGCCACAGUCGUGUCCUAGAGGACACUGUCUUGCAAGAACAACACCAGUUCGCCUCCCAUCUCUCACUCUCGCCAGGUCAUCAUAGCGGGGUAAAUAUUGAUCCUCGUAAGGAGCCACUUGAUGCCUCUCUCGCCAUUGACGGUCCGAGCCGAGAGCAAUCACCAAGUAAUGCUCACAAAGCCUCGGACGCUCCUGUUGGAAUUCCUACCAUGAUGACGGCGGACGGCGAGAUGAGGGCGGAGCCGACAACACUCUCUCCCUCCGUUUCUCAGCCUCCUUUCCGCCAGCCCCCAACCGGCUCCCAGGGGGACCUGGCGGAGGAGGGGAGGAAUGAAGGUAUCAGUACCGGUAUGCAGCGAGAGCCCUUCAGCGAGCAAGGCGAAGCUACAGUUCAAGUGUCACCGUCUUCUGCUGCCAGCGAUCCUUCUCACGCCCUCGACGCGAGUAAUGAAAUUUCUUACGAACAGGAAGAAAGCGGUUCUCUCGCCCUUCCUGUCAUCGGAGACAUCUCCCUGCACCAGAAGAAGUCAUCGAUCGUGAUGGGCGAGACAUCAUCAUCGUCAUCAGAUUCCCUGGACACGGCGACCGACAGAAUUGGAAUCAAUGACGUGACGGCCAAGGACCAUCGAGUCAAGAUAACCAGCAAGGACUUCCCCGACGACGAUCCUACUUUUACUGGGAAUCAGAGUGCGGAGGCGGGCGCGUACCCCCGGCCCUCCCCCUCGCCCCUAGACGCUCACAGCGACCAAGACACCACUCUGCAGGCGGAAUAUAAACGCCAGGAGACGCUCGAGGCAGAGUAUAAUCGUCAAGGAGGGAUAGAGACGUCGGCAGGAAGACAAUCAGUUUCUGGCUCUGUGGAAGCAUCGGGUUACAGCGAGCGUAAGAAAUUGGGGAUCGUUCCUACGGCAUCUGUAGCCAGCCAAGGACACCAUUUCCUUUCAAGAAGCAAUCAAGUGGCCGGUAAUCCCAAUCAGGAGUCUGUCCACACUCAGGUCAGCUCACGGGAUCCUGCUGGGGGAAAUAGACAAGAUCAGAUUCCUCCAUUGAGGGGGAAUUAUCAUGAGGAGGAGGAAGGAGAGGAAGACGGCUCGGAUUUUGAGUAUUAUCUAGGAAGCGAAGGUUAUGUGUACGACGGCGAAGCACCCGAUUACGACGACUCAUUCAAUGACUACGAGUAUGAAGAGGAAAACAGAAAGAAUCAAGCUUAUGAAAGAGGACACGGAUACGACGGGGAAGGCGAGGGUGAGGCAAAGGACGAACAGUCAGAAGGACAUACACACGAACAUGGCCAUGAAGAAAGACAGGAAAAUCAAGAAAAUAGUCAUUCGAAUGAACCUCCUGCUGGGUAUGACCACGAGAGUCAUUCUGGAAGUGACGGCGAGGGGACGCAAGACGAGAGUCACGUGACUUCCUACGGCGCAGGUAGUGACGAACUCGCAGGUGCUUCUCAGGACCAAGGGCACGACCAUCAACCCCCAGCAAGUCAAACGCCAGCACAGGCCCGAGGGGAAGACAGCAGCUGGCAGAUCCCAGCACCACCUGCUCAAGCGCACCAAGACCCUACCACCACGGCACGACCUGACGACCAUGUCUACCACCGGCAGGAGUUCCCUGGCAGCGCCCACGAGGGUAGCUCUCCGACCCACGGGGACAGCAGAAACACCAGCAGCUUGGCUUUCGGGAGUCCGGGUCGAGACGAAAGGACCGAGGAAGAAGAGGAGCAACACCCCGCGGAAGGAAGGAAUAUUCCUCUCGCUUCAGCAAACGACGAUGACACAUCCGCUGUCGCCGGCGGAGGGGGAUACACGGCGUGUGUGGGCGUUCACAAUAACUCUUCUCCUGUCAGCAGUGAGGGCGCGGGCGGGACUGGCGGAGGCGGGAUGGCGGGGGGAGCGGCAGGAGGCGAGGGUGGCGACGGUGACACUAUUAUGCCUCGGCGCGAACACUGGCAAUCCCAGGAUCCUCCAUGCAAAUGUCCCUGCCCGUGCGAGGGCCCCGGGGAUCCCCCCGUAAUGCCUGGACGUGUUGCGGCAAAUCUCAAUAUCGGAGAUCCGCCCAUCAGCGGCCAUCAGGAACCUACGACCACCACGACCACCACAACCAGCACAACCACUACGACCACCACGACCACCACCGCCCCUCCGACGACCUCGCCCCGCCACGACCACCCGCACCACCAUGACGAUCUGGACUUCGACUACGACAGCGAUGGGCACGACGUCCAUGUAGACCAUGAUUCGGGCUACGACAGCUCUGAAGACCACUACCACGACCCCGACCACGACUCGCACCACCGUCACCGACACCACCACGGGGACGACGACGAUUACGACGAAGACGACGAGCGAGAACGCCACCGGGGCCACACACACCCGCGCCACCCUCACCGAGAGGGCGGAGGGCGCAGGAACCGAACCCACGUCCCGCUGGUGGUGCCGGGCCGCCUGCAGUACUUCGCCACCGUCCAGUACAUCUCCACCGACGAAGGCCCCGAGACCUCCUACGACCCUCACGCCCACCAGGUCGAGGCGUGGGGCAACGGCGUCAUCCUCCCGACCGACGACGCCGAAGAGACGGACUGGUUCCUCCGCAGACCCGAUUCGACGACCUCCGCCUCGACUCCGGGAGGUACAUCUGUCAAUAGGCCUUACACGCACAUGCCCCCGGACGGCUCAUCCUUCAACCCGCUGAACCUCGGAGAGAAGAAGGAGUUCAACCUUGCUCCUUACGGCUACUGGAACAUCCACUUGACCCUGAAUGACCCCACGGAUCUGAGGAUUGUUCUGAGCGUCCCAAGGGGUACCAACCUCGGCCUGUACGCCCGCAAAGGGAAGCUGCCGACCCACACCCAGCACGACAUCAUGAAAAUCUUGAGGGGCAACCGGCAGAGGGACAUCCGGGCAUCCCCCGUGAGUACGCCGGUGAGCAUGGUCGAGCUGACCGUCGAGGAGGUGCUGGAGGCAGGUGAGUGGUUCCUCUCGAUCUACAACGACGACGGCGACCCCCACCAGGUGAACUUGGUGAUCACGCGAGGCCCGGGCGGAGGAGAGUGCCCGCAGAGGUGCCACGAGAGGGGGAACUGCAUCCUCGGCAGGUGCCAGUGCGCCCCGGGAUACAGCGGCAUCGACUGCUCUCAAGUGCUCUGCCCCAUUUUGUGCUCCGGCCAUGGCGCCUAUGUGGGAGGGCAGUGCAUCUGCCACCCCGGAUUCAAGGGCAAGGAGUGCCAGCUUCGACACCACGAGUGUGAGGUGCCAGACUGCCACGGCCAAGGGCACUGCGUGGAUGGGCGCUGCAAGUGUGCCAAAGGAUACACCGGGGAGUUUUGUCAGACAGUGGACUGCCCGAACCCGAAGUGCUCAGGCCACGGGUGGUGCGUGAUGGGGACCUGCGUGUGCCAGAAGGGAUGGCGGGGCGACGACUGCUCCGAGAUGGACGUGGAUGCCCAGCAGUGCCUCCCCGACUGCAGCGGCCACGGGGCUUUCAGCAUCGAGGCCCACGCGUGCGUGUGCGAUCAUCUCUGGACUGGCUCUGAUUGCUCCAAGAAGGCGUGCUCGCUGGACUGCGGGCCGCACGGCAUCUGCGAGAACGACGCUUGCACCUGUGACGAAGGCUGGACAGGUGCCAAUUGUUCGGAGCGCUUGUGUGAUCCCAGGUGCAGCGAACACGGCCAAUGCAAGAAUGGGACGUGCGUGUGCAUGGCGGGCUGGAAUGGGCGUCAUUGCACCCUCUCGGGAUGCCCUGGGAACUGCCGGAACCGAGGCACGUGCGACGCCGACCAGGAGGGCGUGUGGAAGUGCCUGUGCCAGCCCGGGUGGGACGGACCCGACUGCUCGGCCAUGCUGGAGACCCAGUGCAGCGACGGCGUGGACAACGACAGAGACGGCCUCAUGGACUGCCAGGACCCCGAGUGCUGCACCCAGCAAGCCUGCCAGGACUCCCAACUCUGCGUCAGCCGCUCCACCCCGAUGGACAUCCUCCUCCGGAAGCAGCCUCCGGGAUCGACCGCCUCCUUCUUCGAGAAAAUGCGGUUCCUCAUCGAGGAGGACUCGCUCCAGCACUUCUCGGGCGAGUUCAACAAAAGUGUUAUUUGGAACCACUUCCACCCGAGGAGAGCAGCUGUGGUUCGUGGCCGGGUCGUCACGAAAGCUGGUCGGGGCUUGGUCGGCCUUCGCGUCGGGACAAGCAAUAAUAACGAAGGCUUUACUCUUACUCGUCGGGACGGCUGGUUUGACAUCAUGGUCAACGGAGGCGGGGCGGUGGGCUGGGCUUGGCCUUCACGUCGAAGCAAACCCCCUAUCCGAGUGAUGGUACCAUGGAAUGAGAUGGUGGUCCUCGACGACAUCGUGAUGACCGUGAGCGGUGUCCCGGGACACAGCGAUCGCUCGGACGACUACCACGACCACAAGCAGCGGCGCCUCGGUUCGUCGCACUGCCCGCUGCACGAUUACGACCUCCUCAAGCCGGUGUCGCAUGGCCACAUGCAGAAUGGCUUCCAGAGGGGAGUGUCCGAGCGGGUGGACGCCAUCCUGGUGGAGGCGCAGGCGGUGCAGGAAUCCGUUCGCAUCCCCGGGACGGGACUUUACCUCGUGUACCACUCCUCAAGGGCCAACGGCUACGAGUCCACGCUGCGCCUCCAGCUGACGCCUGACCGCAUCCCGUCCUCCCUGCGUCGCGUCCACCUGCGGAUCGUCCUCGAGGGCAUUCUCUUCCGCAAGGUGUUGUUCGCAGGCCGACCCGCCGGCAUCAAGUUCACCUACGCCUGGAACCGCAUGAACGUGUACAGGCAGAGCGUGUACGGCGUGACGGUGGCUCGCGUGUCCGUGGGCUACGAGCACGAGAACUGCCCCAAGAUCAUCUGGGAGCACCAGACGGCGCGGGUGGCGGGAUACGACCUCGCCAUCUCCAGCGUGGGCGGAUUCAACCUGCAUGUGCAUCACGCUUAUAAUUUCCAUCAGGGGAUCUUGCAGAAGGGCGACGGCCAGAACAUCCACCUGGCGGGCCAGGCACCUGGUGACGACCCUCCUGGGCACGGCGAGCAGCGGGAGGUGAACUGCGGCAGCCGCUGCGAGGGCCGCGCCGAGCACUCGCCGCUGCACGCCCCGACGUGCCUCGCCGCCGCGCCCGACGGCUCGCUCUACGUCGGCGACUUCAACCUCAUCAGGAGAGUCAAGCCCGACGGCACCGUCAUCACGGUGGCCAAGCUCAACGAGACGCGCGUCUCCUACCGCUACCACGUGGCCGUCUCCCCCCUGGACGGCUCUGUGUACGUGAGCGACCCCGAGGCCCACCAGGUGCUGCGUCUGGAGAACACGGAGGGCGUGACAGACCCCUUGCGUAACACCGUCACCGUCGUGGGUUCGGGGCAGCGCUGUCUCCCCGGGGAUAGGAACCAGUGCGGCGACGGAGGGAUGGCGAGACACGCGCGCUUGACCUAUCCCAAAGGUCUGGCCAUCUCGUCAUCGGGCGAAAUCUACAUCGCCGACGGGACGAAUAUCCGCGUCGUGAGUCCAGCCGGCGAUAUCCACACGCUGAUCGGAGGCCACGACCACCGCUCCCACUGGGCUCCCGUCCCUUGCAACGGCACCAUCAACAUCGACCAGUUGCACCUCCGCUGGCCCACCGAGCUGGCCAUAUCUCCUCUCGACGGCUCCCUUCACAUCCUUGACGACCACUUGGUGCUUCGCGUCACGCCUGAUAAUCGAGUGCAGGUGCUGACGGGUCGGUCCCUGAACUGCCCCUUGCCGCCCCACGAGCCCUCAGACAUGUCCCAGACGGCCCUGCUGCUCAACCCUCAGUCUAUUGCCUUCUCGCCGCAGGGUGAGCUGUACAUCGCGGAGAGCGAUACGCAGCGGAUCAACCGCGUCCGCAUCAUUACCAGCGACGGCCGCAUCAGCACCUUCGCCGGCGCGGACCCCGGCUGCAACUGUCGCGACGCCACCUGCUACUGCCAUACCUAUGACAACGUGUCGGCGACGUCGGCCAUCUUCUCGUCGAUCUCGUCCAUUGCUGUCACUCCUGACAGCGUCUUGCACGUGAGCGACCAGGCAGGGUACCGCGUGCGCUCCGUCAGGUCCCUCCUGCCGGAGCUCAAUGAGCGCAAACAGUACGAGAUCUUUUCUCCUGACACGCAUGAGGUGUACGUGUUCAACCGCUUCGGGCAGCACCUGGAGACCCACAACCUGGUCACGGGCCAGACAAUCUACAAGUUCUCGUACAGCGACAACUCCAACACGGGCAAGCUGCUCACAGUCACGGAUUCGGCCGGCAACCGCUUCCAGAUCAUUCGCGAUCGCGUCGGCUUCGUCAAGGCCAUCGAGAACCCACAGAAGCAGCGCGUCCAGAUCACGCUGUCCAUGAUGAAGAUGCUGCAGCAGCUGGUGGCUCCCGACGGCUACAACAUCACCUUCAACUACCACGGGGCGACAGGAUGCAUGCGCUCCAAGGUCGAGGCGGUGGGCAGGUCCUACAGCUACGAGUACGAUGCCCAGGGACGUCUCACCCAGGCCGUCCUGCCCACCGGCCAGGUCAUCCACCUCAACUUUGACCUGAGUGUGCGCGGUGCAGAGGUGACCGUGACCAGGGAUGGCAAGGAACCUGUCAUUACAAGGCUCAGGGGCAACACCUUCAAUCAUACAUCAGGUCCCGUGGAGGCUCUAGCAGAAAUGGGAGGCCAAGGACCGCUGAGAAUCCUGACCGCAUGGAAGCACGAGGUGUCGCUCGAACGCACCGCCUACCGAGUGCUGGAGUCGACGAGUCCCACCUCGGCUGAGAUGUUCCCCGUUCUGUCCCGCCAGCAGACGCACAUCAGCGGCAACACGGUCAACCGCUACGAGUGGAGCUACUCGCCCGCCACGACAACCGACAGCCACAAUGGCAUGAAGGUCUCUGGCACUCUCAGGGUGAACGGAGCCGACCUCCUGACCCUGAGCUACGACCCUGUGUCUUCCACCGAAGCGCUCCUCUCCGUCUCGGGCCACAUGCUCGUCAACAUCACCUAUGACCACCUCGGCAGACCCAUCCGCUGGGUGCCUGUGGCCCCUCUGGUGGCCAGCAACGUCACUUACGACCACUGGGGCCAUAUCACCAGCUGGGUCAGGGGAAACCUCUCCGAGGACUAUUAUUACGACGAUUUCCUCAGGCUGGUGGCGGUCGUGUACGCCGACGGCAAGGAUGUCAAGUACGAAUACCGCAGCCACUUCACUAAGCAUGGUCAUUUCCUCACGCAGCCCGAGAAGGUCACUCACCCGAGCGGAAGGGCCUACGGCCUGGUCUACGAUGACGCGGGGUCGCUUCGGGAGGUCGUGACGCCCCGCGGCUCCGCUUACACCCUUCAGCUCUCGACCUCUCUCGGCUUCUACAGGCUGAGGCUGGCGCUGCCCAUCGACAGCAUUGCCCUGCAGAUGCGCCUGGACGAGGAAGGGCGCGUUCUGGCCAUCACGCUGCCCGGGCGCGGCGGCACGCUGCUCUACGAGUACAACGACGCCGGCCAGGUCACCGCCGAGCUCUACGGCCACGGCCUCACCGAGUACUCCUACUACGACACGGGCCUCAUGCGCAACGCCAAGACGAAGCACAGCCACUUCGACCUCCGCACCGAUUACCACUACCACGGCGGCCUCAUGAAGGAGAUGAAGCUGCGCUACGGCCCCAAGAGCAACCUCCACAACGCCAAGCUGCGCUUCCAGUACGACGGCUCGGCGCGCCUGCGCAAGGUGGAGGGAGAGGUGGACUCCACGCCUCUCGCGGAAAUGUACAUUCGCUUCGACAAUCAGACGGGCGUCCUCCAGGGUAUCAGUGACCUGCGCAUCAUCAGGAACAACAUCCUCGAAACGAUGAUUCAGAACCCGAAGAAACACUACGUCAACACGCGCAAGCAGGACAACUACGGCCGCCUUUCCGAGGUCUUCAUGACGCUGGGAGACCGGAUGGUGUUCCUCAUGCAGCUGAAAUAUGACAACCGCAACCGCAUUUCCGAGCGGGUGAUCGAGGUGGCCGGGCGGCGCGAGGGCCUCAACAUCACGUACAUGCCCGACGGCCAGAUCCUGGGCGCCAACGGGAAGGUCAUCUGGCUCUACAGCUACGACGAGAACGGGAACGUCAUCAGCUACUCGGAGAAGAGCUUCCGCACCAACCUGCAGUACGACGAGUGCGACCGCGUGACCAUGGUGGGCACGAGCGAGGUCGAGUACGACGAGCGCGGCUUUGUGAUCCGCAUCGACAACCAGAACUUCGACUUCAACACCAAGGGUCAGCUGGUGGCGGCCUGGGACAGGGAGCAGACCUGGUCCUUCAGGAUCGGCUACGACCACUUCGACCGCGUGUCGGUGUACGAGGACCACCACGAGAACAUCACGCAGCUCAUCUACGGGCGUCCCGACCAGCCGCACCUGGUGACGCACCUGCACAACCCGCGCUCCGGCGCCACCACGACGCUGCUCUACGAUGACAUGAACCACCUGAUCGCCGUCGACCAGCCGGACGGAAGGUACUUCGUGGCCACGGACCAGAACGGAACCCCCAUCGCCUUCUUCAACGACAUGGGCCUCCUCAUCCGGAAGCAGGCAUGGAGUCCCUUCGGCAAGUUGCUGGACGCCUCCGGUGAAAAUAUGUGGGUCGGCAUCGGCCCCUGGGGAGGCUUCCUGGAGCCUGUGACGGGCAUAGUGGUCCUGAAGGGCCACGCCUAUCACCCGCAGCUCCUGCAGUGGCUGACUCCACAGUGGGGGCACCUGACGCAGACCACACGCCAUGUGACGGACGUCUUCGUCUACAGGUUCAUGAACAACAACCCAUUCAAUCCACAAGACCGACUCCUCAGGCAUUACUACACAAACGUAUCCGAGUGGCUGGAGCUUUACGGCAUCGAGCUCCGCCUGGUCCUGGGCUCCGAGUACCACGAGGACACGAUGGUCAAGCCGCGCGCCGUGGUCUCCGUGGACACCCUGGGCGCCUCGGAGGUGGUGAGCGGCCUCUGGUGCCAGUACCGCGCGGGCGUCCGCCACCUGCACGGCCUCAGCUUCUUCUCGCAGUCGCACAUCCAGCGCCAGAUGGGCACGUGGAACGGCGCGCCCAUCUCGCGCCAGGCGUCCAUCUUCGGCCCGGGCGUGCUGGUCUCCAACAUCGACGGCCGAGUGCUCGUCACCGGCGUCGGCGACGACGACUUCGCGGGCGUCAUCGGCGACGUCAUCCGAACCGUGCUCAACAACUCCAUCAUCCUGGACGUGAGCUCCACCCAGAACGGCCUCGACACCUUCUACUUCAUCAAGGACAACCGCAAGCGAGCCGGCGAGGACAUGCAGCACCUGCGGCGCCUCUCGGGCAUCUUCAACAUCUCGGACAGCGAGUCGGAGCGCGGCCACGAGAUCCGCAUGUCAACGCCCACGGCCAACCUGGUCAUCAUGUACGGCGAGCGAGUGCAGCGCGCCCGCAAUCGGGUGCUGGACGAGAUGGAGCAGCGGGCGGCCAGGGUGGCGUGGCAGCGCGAGGUGGCGCUGGUGAGCCUGGGGCGCCCUGGCACGCACAACUGGUCCCCUCAGGAGGCGGCGGAGCUCGUGCGCGAGGGCCGCGUGCCGGGCUACGUGGCCACGCACCUGCACCCGGCCUCCCGCUACCCGCUCCUGGCCGCCGACCCCUCCAACAUCAUCUUCAAGCACGAGACCUCCCGCAAGCGCCGCAAGAGCCGCAGAAAGGGCCGAAAAAGGAGCUGGCGGCAGCGCAAGAAAGGUGGUGCAUACGAGCAGACAUGAAGAGCUAAACGCUAGGCUUUAGCAGCAAUGCUGUACCGCUGAACUUCCAGGCAUACGCUACUGAAUCUGCCUUUGUCGACAGAUUGUGAUAUAAUUGUACAUAUUAAAUGUAAACUUAACAGAGUUUCGAUAUAUACGCAUACUGAGUGCGGUUUUGUUCUUUCUAUAUGAGGUGAAUUAAGAAUGUAACUUUCAUUAUUAUCAUCAUAUUAUAUUCGGUGUUCUUGAGAACCCCAACUGAAACCCAUAUAUCAAGUAUGACGACUUUUGAUGUUCCUUUCAUGUGGUUUUUACCUCCGACUGUGUCAUGCGGUAAUCCUACUGUAAAAAUAUGUCAUGUAUUAUGUAAAGUAAAAUAAUGAGUUUUUAAUAAACAUUUCGAUGUACAUUUA